CCUCGGCUCGCUAAAACAUCAGUUACUUCAAUCACCAGCAAUCAGCUACCGUGAAUCCAUACUCCCAAGGCGGUGUCUUGUCCGGCAGCACUCCUGGAACCCCUUCCUACUGAGACGACCCUUGACACCUCGCGUGCGGUUCGGUGUUCCUAUAAACCUUCGGGGACUGGAAUACUAACUGCAUUUUCCCACGCGCACUCCCGCGAUAAUGCUGGCAAAUUACGACACCGAGGACGUUGAGGAGGAGGCUCAGACGGACCUUAUUCGCAGAGGACAGAAGCAGACUAGCGACUCCCACGCGGAUAGUGGACUCGUCGUGCAUUUCGUGGGAAAGGAGGGAGUGGACGACGACAGGUUAUGCGAGGACGUUACGCAGGGUUUCCAGAGCUCCAGAGGCAAGGGUACCGGAUUGGCGAAGACGACGGUGCACAAAGUGGAGACGCUGGCUUGGAUCAAUGCGGAGGAGUCGCUGCGAUGCACGGCGAUCCACGGGCCGGACGGGUUAUGCGUGUCGGUUGCAGAUACUGUAUUUUUGAUUGACGCUGGUUGCUCCGAGCAUCGAGCUACCAUUGCGUUGGACUGUCUAGUGGAACGCACGGCCUUCAGUCGGGACGAAUCGUUCAUAGUAGUUGCGGACAGACUCGGCACCCUUCGUUUCGUGCAUCUCGGCACGUCUUCGGUCGUUUUCUCUAGGGAUGUCUUUUUGGGAGCGGUGGAGGAUGAGGGCCCGCCGACGUUUGUGUGGGUCGGCUUUGUUGCUGCCAAGGGUGGUGUAUCCGGGUACAUCGAUAGGAAAGGCGCCGAUCAGCUUCUCGUUGUUCUACGCGACAUGCAACUCCUCCGCUUCUCCAACAUUGAUACGAAAGGGCUGGAUGCCGCGAUUUGCGCGAAUGACCUCGAGAGGGCGAAAGAGCUGUACGAAGCCAUAACCAUGGAACGAGUGGACCUGAACGACGGGACGGGCCUAACGAGUGUACGCGACAUGGUAACCGUGUGGGAUCACAAAGGAGCCGAGCGCUUGAUCGUCGUGGGCAGCGGCGAACAGCCCCUCUCGGUAUGGCAGAGGUCCCGAGUUACGCAGAAGACGAUGAAAGUGGACGCCGUCAAACUCUUGUUGAAAGGCCGCACGGUUGUUCAAGCCGAGGCGGAUCGUUCCGGGCGGCGGUUGAUCAUGCUUGAUGAUAGCGGCAGGCUGUCGAUCUGGGAUUCUCAUGGUCUGUUCAAACUGUACCACUACGACAACACCAACCUCGUCGAUUUUGUUUUUCACGAUUCCAACGCCAUCGAUAUGCCCGAUUCGACCAUCAUAGCUCUCACAAAUGCGAAAGGAGGCCGAGUCGUCCAAAUCAUCCGAUUGCCAUCAUUCACCGUGAUGCAGGAACUGCGUGUGUCCGAAGCUUCGUGGCUGUUCUCGCGGGAAGCCAGUGCGGUGGAUGACGGGUCUGGGUUUCGAUUCGUGGAGGCUUUGUCGAAUGAGGAUGGGUCCGCAAAGUUUUAUAUACGCACCUUGCAAGAGACGGUUCCCUAUCAUCGGUUUGAGCAGCUUCUUCAGAGUCGGCGGUUUGAGGAAGCGGAAGUGUUUGCGCUGGACUUCGGGUUGGAUGUGCAGUACGUUCUCAAGGCCAAACUAGAUCAAAUGGCUCGAAAUGUUGAUCUGCAUGCCCUGCUUGAGUCUAAGGGGGCCGACCAUUUCGCACAGACUUUGAUGGAUGAGCUGCGGAGCGUAGAGGAUGAAGAGUUCGCGAUCGAUUACUGCCUGCAGAUCACGCUCCCGACAUUCAGGUCGACCUACAGCAUCCUCACCUUCGCGCGAGUUCUCAUUAACGAAACCACUAAAGGAUCAGACAUAUCGACCGACAAAGUCCUAGCCCUACAUCGGGCAAUCAGGCGGAUCGGCACGUAUCAACUGAUCUCGUUCGAGAGGAUGAACAGAUAUGGAGGCGCGUUUGGACAUGGCGCGGGAGCGGGGUGGGAUCCCCGGCUUCUCCGUGAUGCGGAUGGGUUUAAUGCGCAGGAGUGGCAGGCGAUGAGGACGGUGGACUUUGUGAUGGAGAUGAGGGAGAUGCUGAGGAGCGGGGAUUUGAGGUUGGCGGUUGCUGUUUGGAAGAGGCACUAUUUGGACGAGGAAUUGCUGCCGCACAUUCACGACAUUGUAUCGGACAUCCCCGAGCACGCAUCCCUAGAAGACUAUGUGCCAUGGCUGAAGAUGGACGUCCUCCCGAUCAUUCAGCGGACCGGCGAUCGCCAUAAGCUGGCGAUAUGGAUCGAGCAUAGAGCUCGAGUCGUCGAGGCACGAGAGAAGCGACCCCACGGCGCCUUGGAGGUUGUUCGCCUACUAGACAGCGUAGCCCUCCCCGGUAUGUGUGACCAAGUCACGGACGCCAGCAAAGACCCCACCACCACAGCUCGCGACCACCAACUUUUCACACCCGCCACACCGGCUUACUACGUUGAGAACGCCAUUCUCUUUGCCCAAACCAGCGGCCUUUCAACCUUUGGGUCAGAAAGCAGCAGCGGAAAAGUUUGGGCGAACGGGCUGAAACAGCAACUCGACGACUUGGUCUAUCUGUGGGACAAACACGAUCUCUACAUCUCACUCAACGACUACAGUCGCCUCUCCACCAGUGACAUUGCAAAGGACCUUCUCGACCGCGUCGCCGCCCCCGAACUCCUCGGCGGCGCCAUCGAAAAACAUUUCCGGUGCUAUGUCGAGCGCAACAACCUGGCAUUCGACGAGUUGCUGGCGGAGUACUGCGUCGACCUUAUGGACGGAUCUAUCGCGGCUGCUGCGGGGUCCCGCGCAAUGGCGGAUAGCUCGUGGCAGGCGCGGGUGCUGUGUGUGUUGCUAUACGUGGUCGAUGUGGAUGUGAAGGCCGAUGUGGUGAUGGAGUUGAUGAAAAGGACGCCGGUACCAUGGGGUAGUGAUGUCGGGGAGGUGUUUUUGGCUACGUUAAAAUACCCCGUGAUGAGACGACGAGAGGAGCUGCGCGAACAGUACCGGUUGUUGAAGUUGAAGCGGAUGUUGGUGUCGUAUGGGAUUGGAUCUUUCAAUAUCUCGGAUAAGGUGCUUGCGAAAGGUCUCUUGCCACGCAUUCUUGGGCGGAUGGACGUGAUGCAUGCGAUGGACGAUGUGAUGCAGGUUGUGAGCGCCUACCACCAUAUAAGUGUACUUCAAGCCUACCGCAUCCGCCUUCGAAACCUAUACGAGCACGGCUUUAUCGAGCGAGCCAACAGGCUUCUCCAAACAGGGCACGAAGAUCCCUCGACCGCAUCCGGCGGGCCAAGUGAUGAUGGACUAGAAUUGGAACUGGACGUGCGGCUGGAUAUCGUCGAACAAAUCGGAGUCGCCAAGGAAGUCGCGACGCAUUUCUCCAAAGUCCUGGAGGACGCCGCUGCCCAUCAGCAGGCCACCGACGAGGCGGGCGAAGACGCGAAGCGCGAUUUCGCAUGGGCGAUCGACGCGUCUGUUGCUUUAGCGGAGUUGAUUGUCUCAAUGCAGGAGGAGCUGGCCAACUUGCAGAGUACGGAGAACGUCGCGUCGGCUACCUCGGGGUCCGUGUCGAGCACUGCUGUCGGGACACACGGCGCUCGGAAUGCACUUGUUUUGGCAGCUGCGGAUCCCGAGAUUUGCGGAUACGACGACGCGCUGCGGAUGCUGCAGCAUAUGAAGCAUUUGUUUACUGAGUUUGGCGUUAUGAUGUCGUUGCGGGCGUAUAGCGAUGAGCUGGAGCGGAGGAAGAUUCUUGCGACUUUCGCGAAAAAGGUUUAUAGGUAUGUCGGGAAUGCGGAACCAGAGAAGGCGCCCGUUCGAGCGCGGUCCAGUAAGGGGAAGGGGAAAGCGUGGAAUUUUGACGGCGAAGAAUCGCCGCAGCCCGCGGACGACAAAUCGGACAGCUCGCAGACAGCACUCUACCGCCUCGCCUACGUCCUCGGCUUCGAGCGCUCCAAACUGCGCGGAAUCCUUGCUGAAGAAGCCGCCCGCAACGGCGACUUCAAAUCAUCACUCGUACUCUGCAAAGAGCUCUUCGACAAAUCACCCAACGAAGAGACCGCUCGCACGCUCCAACGCGUCGCGCGACUGUUGACGCAGUACGCCGCGAGCAACAAACAGGUGUAUCGCGACGCCAAAGCGUUUAAGACGCACUGCCGGCUGACCAGCCGCAUCGUGCAGCUUAGCGCACAGGCGUUCUGCACGUGCGGGGAAGAGGAUGUGGAGGAUGCGCUGGACGAUUUCAAGAACUUUGAGCUGCAGCACACGGUUUUCACGCAGUGUGAUGCCGGCGAUUAUGAGGCGCUUGUGGCGAGUGAGUUUGAGGCCUUUAGGGGUGGUUUGUUCGGGGCUGGGGAGGGAUCUAAUGUGUUUGGUGGGUCGGUGGGAAUCGGCGGCUCCUCGGCUUCGGCAUCUUCGCCGUCGUCUGCGUCAAGGGAUAGCAGCGAAAGACGGGUGAAGCCCCAGGAGGUGCCCGCGCGAACAGAGAUGGAACUCGCGAACAUCGGCGAUAGGUUCGCAUCUUCGUUCUUUGAUGAGAAUUUUCGCGAGGCGAGUUUGGUGCUGUCCACCGAAACAGCGAUGGAUCUCGUCUCCUCAUUCGUCUUGGACGCGUCCGCUGUCAAAGACCAGAACGCUAUCCUAGGCCUGCAGGUCGGGGAAGAUGAGCAGUCAGCAAAAGGCAAAAAGGAGGCCGAGCGCGGCCAUCCCGCCCAUUCAGGUCGCUUGCUGGCCGAGUAUCUCGUCAACAACAAGAGCCUGCAAACUGUUCUGCGUGUGCUCCAGCGCGCCAAGGAAGCGAUUCUGAGAGCGGGAGGGCCGAGGGAGGCGUCGGCGUGGAAAAGCGUCAUUGGAUUUCACACUGAAACGCUGGGUAGGCUGCUGGCUGCGGUGAUGAGUACGCGGAAGAUUGACCAGAGGCUGGCUGUGGGAUGUCUGGUAUCCAUGCCGCUCAAACAAGCAUUUGAAGCCUACAAGGCCGGGAUGAGCACCACAGGACAAGAAUACGCCCGUGUGCUCCGGAUCGCUGGCAUCGGUAUUGCCGUCGCUGCCGCGUGGAAGCAACGUACGUUCCGAAUCAGCUGUGAAGACCUCGCGGCAAACGCGAAAUGGUGGCACCAGUUACGGCUAUUGGGAAUCCCGUUCGAUAAGGACACCUUCAGAUACCGUACUGAGACCGGAGGCCACCAGCGGCGUGUCGUGCCCCAGUUGCUCGUCCGCACCGGAUUUGACAUCCUUACGUGUUUGGAGUUUGCGAGGAGCUACGAUAUCGAGGACGAUUUUGUUAUCAUGGAGUAUGUCAAGGGGCUGUUGCUGACCACGGAUGAGGAUUCGGACUAUCAAUCGAGGGUGGCGGGGAUCGUGGACGAUGCGGUGAACAAGGAUCGGAUGCUUGCGACCUUGACAAAGGAAUGCUUGCCGCGCGUAUCGCCGUAUGACUACGAACGGCUGUUAUUUAUCGCGACGCAGAUCCUGCGUGUCAAACCGGACGCACAGCUCGCUAAAUCGUGCAAGGAGGUCGUCAAUGUGCUCUUCGACUACGUGAGACUGAAACCACCGGCGUUCGAGGAACUCGUCGAAGCUGACCGCGUUAUCACGGGAUCUAUCACAACGUUGGAGCUAGAUGCUUAUGAUGUGCUUCGAAAGAAGUAUCCCAAGAGCUCGCAGCGGCUGCCGUACCACGCGCUGACGAUCGACCCUUGGUCUGUCCUGGGACCCGAGAUGACGGAGGAGUCUAUCCCGCGUCUGCGGCCGCUAAGAAGGAUGCUCGACCUGGAGCUGGACAAAUUCUACGUGGUCGCCAUCGAGAACCUGUUUGACUCGCGGCCGCCGUCGACGGUCGGGACGAGUGGUAAAUUGUCGAGCGGGCGGAGCUCACCGGAGGCGGAUGCAACGUGGACAGCGAACAGCCCGCAAUUGCGGUUCGCGGAUGUGAAGCGGCUGCUCACGCAUAUUGCUGAUGAUGCUGUGGCCGUCGAGACACUUCUCGAGGUGGCGAGGCGGUUUCCCUGUGGGCAUGAUCGGAUUAGCUCGUAUCGGAUGGCGCUGAUGCGGACGGAGAGGAUGGAGGCCAAGGAGCAGCAAUCCGCGGACAAAAUACCAGAAGGCGUUGCCAAAUCUGAGGAUAAACGCUCCGCACAGAUCCGCCAAGUCCUGAUCGUCACCGAAACAGAGCAUCAGCUGCGCACGCUAGGGAUGGCGGAUAUGCAGCAGUACAUAUCUGUGCAGGACUCCAUGACAAAUCUCAUGCAUACGUUGUACUGGAAUAAGAGCGAAGCUGCGUUGGAUCCUAAGAAUGACCUUGACCUGCAUGGAGUCGUCAACGACAUUGCCAAGCGCACCGGGCUCAAUCCUAACGAGUUCAGGACGUGGCUGAUCGGGAAAUGGCUAUCAGCCGAAGUCCCCAUCAGCGACGAAGAACGGGAAAUGUACCUUCCCUCCAUGCGGGUGCAGAUCAACAACAUCCUCAAUUCGAGAGAGGAGAUCGCGCUUCAGAUGCGUUUGCUGUACCUGCUGAGGUCGCUUUCUGUACAAUCAGGAACGCAGUACCUGCUCAAUUUUGUUAGUCAGCCCACGUCCAAGAUUCUCACUUUGAACCGGGUCAGGGCGCUAAGCGUUCUGUUCCAACUCGCCAGUCCAAAAGAACUUGCAAAAGACGGUUAUGAGGACAUCAAGAAGUACAUGCAAAUGCUCCUCUACCUCGCCGAUUUUGAAGAACUUCGCAUCGCACAAUCCUUGCGAGAAUUUGAGAAGUGCGAUAAGGAGGCGUUUGUCCGGUCGUUGUGGGUUAAUCAAAAGGACGAGCUGAAGAUUGUGCAACUCAUUUGCAAUAUAUGCUUGGAUUACCAUGUGUACGACCUUACUUUGUGGGAGAGCGCGCUGCAUCGGCUAUUGGAUAAGAAACUGUAUCGCUACUUGCUUGGCAUGUUGGAGCAUUUGACGUCUGUACCGAAGUUGGGCCAGAUGAGGUCGUUACCAAAGAUUUGGAAUGGCGUUUUGCUGGGAUGUUUGAGGUUGUUGACGGAGGACAAAGAGUCAACACCAGCGAUGUACGACCGAGUCCUGACCCUCCUCCAGAAGUGCCCUUUCCUGCCCGAAAUCAAUCUCGAUGCGUUCGUGAACCACUUUGAUCAGCUGGCGAUGAAAACGCCUGCUACGUUCAGCGAGUUGCUGAAUGCGUUGCGGGGGAUUGCUGCACUGCCUCCUACUAGUAACCUUUUUGGCGCUAUCAAGAAAUGCGUGUCACGCCUGGAUCACUCCGAGCUCAUGCAAGCGCUUGACUGCAUUUCAGGCAGAGGGGAGCAGUCUGGAAUCGUUCCGGUGCAGAGAAUUGAGUAUGCCGCGACGGAUACGUGGAUUGGGAAGACCUGGGUCAUUCGCGCAAUUUACGACCAAAUCAACGAGUCAGGCGCAUACGAGCUCCUCCUGUCAACGAAACAUCUCGCUGGAUUCGUAAGUUACUUGGUGGAUUGCGACCGCAUCGAUCAUUUGCUCGUAGCAUCUUUGAAGGCACAAAGGACGGCGGCGGCGAUAGAAAUUAUCCGGAUGUAUGCGGGCAGAUACCCGCAGGUGCUCCAAGGGAUGUGGGAGCGGCGCCCUGAUCAUGAUGAGGAAGACGAGUCCCAGGCAUUGGAUGUAGAAGCGGUGCCGACGGCGGAUCUUCUCCGGGUGUACAUCAACGUCCAUAGCUUUCCUGGGGUGGAUCCGGCGACCAUUUCUGCCAUCAGAACCAGGGUGCAGUCAAGUCGUAGAUAGUUUCUCAUAAUAGGUGUAGGACUUUUAUCAGACGUAGCUUCCACUUACGAGGAAUCGUUGUACGCUUUAAAGUUUGAAGUGGGCUAGCGUUGCGAUACUUUUUGACAGUUUUUUGACGGGGUUGCGGAGUUUGUGGUCGAUAUGGACGAACUACGGCUGGUGCCUGCUGCUACGCAGCAGCAAAAGGGAGCACAAUCAACAAAUGAUUUAUUUGGGAACUACAAUAAAACCUCUACUAUACAGCGGGC